AUGCGUCUUUCAGACGAUCUCAGUCGAUUCUACUCUCAAAAGAUCGAAAAGCGAGAACCGCCCGAUCAUCGCAAACUCGGCGCCCAACAAGAACUCUUCAUCAACUCGAUCUACAGCCCUGGCUCUCCCAUAUUCCUGCCGAAUGGUGCACGAAUCUUCAACAGGCUUGUCGACUUUCUGCGAAAGCAAUACGUGAGAUAUGGUUUCGAGGAGGUCAUCACGCCAACCAUUUACAAAAAAUCACUAUGGGCCAAGUCAGGCCACUUGGAAAACUAUGCGGACGAUAUGUACGCUGUGAGAGGGAACACAGAACCACCACCGCCGCAGCAUGAUGGAUGCUGUGGGAGUCACCAAGAAAACCUGAAGCCAGAAGAGGAAGAGGAGGGAGACUAUGGCUUGAAACCUAUGAAUUGUCCCGGACAUUGCCUCAUAUUCGCUUCAAAACGACAUAGUUAUCGGGAUCUUCCCGUGCGGUAUGCCGACUUCAGCCCGUUACACCGUAACGAAGUAUCAGGCUCAUUGAGUGGACUUACUCGUGUCCGACGUUUCCACCAGGAUGAUGGACAUAUCUUUUGCCGUCCUAUCCAGGUGGAAGAAGAAAUCAAGAAGACACUGGAUUUUGUCAAGGUCGUUUACACAGUUCUUCGCUUCGGCGCGAGCUACCGUCUGGCGCUUUCCACUCGGCCCAAAGACCACUACAUCGGCACCGAGGAAGAGUGGGAUCAGGCCGAGAAUGCUUUAAAGCGAGCACUGGACGCAUCAGGCAUGGAAUGGGGUGUCAAGGAAGGAGACGGCGCUUUCUAUGGCCCAAAGAUUGAUAUUGUUCUCACGGACUCCGAUGGAAAGGAACACCAGACAGCUACUAUCCAGCUUGAUUUCCAGCUUCCCAAGCGAUUCGAACUCGAAUAUCAAGCACCUGCUCCGGAGUAUGAGGCCAGAGGCGAGACAACCGAGGAUCCUACCCUUCUCGCUGAGUACGGACCCGUCCGACCUGUUAUGGUCCACCGCGCUGUCCUAGGCUCUGUAGAACGCCUCAUGGCACUCUUGAUCGAGAAAUAUGAUGGAAAGUGGCCUUUCUGGUUAAAUCCUCGUCAGGCCAUUAUCCUCACAGUCAACACCUCCGCCCCUGUCGUGGAUUGGGCCGAAAAUGUACGUGAUGUUCUCCUUGGAAAAAACAAGCAGCUCUAUGAACAGCUAGAGAAUGGUGUGUUGCCUGGCCCGGAGCAUGCUUUUCGACCGACUGGGUUGGCAGUGGACGUGGAUACAACUGCUCGACCUCUGGGGGCUAAGAUCAAGGAGGCUCGAGGUAACGGUUAUAGCCAGAUUCUAGUUGUCGGAGAAGACGACGUGAAGAACCAGCAGGUUGCGCUAGGCAAAGAGAGAUUAUCGCCGGAAGAUUUGCGAGACCGGCUAAGAACCAUGGUAGAAACAUUCGCCUAA